UGAAAGUGAAUAUUUGUUUGUUUCGAUUUUUCAAACUCAGCUAUUUUUAUGAGCUAAAAUGGAACCAACACGAACGAUAUCUCCAGGGAUUGUUGUUGAGCAGCAAAAGUUGGAACUUAAGCGUUCUAUUUCGCUUUUUCACUGUGUGUCAUUAAUGUGCUCAGUAACCGGACAUGUCUCUGUUUUCGUCGCACCAACUGCUAUCCUAAAAUAUACUGGCUCUAUCGGACUAUCUUUGAUACUAUGGGUAUUUGGUGGCAUAAUGAACUUGUUCCUUGCUCUUUGCUUCACUGAACUUGGGAUUACCCCAUUCUAUAUGGACUGUGAACCCAAUGAUUCAGCUGUUCGUCUAUUUGCCAUUUGGAUCCUUGUAACAUUUGUUGCAGUCAACUGUGUGUAUGUCAAGUUUGUCACUAAAGUCCAGAGUGUCUUAACAUUUACAAAGUUGCUGGCUCUGCUGUUGAUCAUAAUAUGCGGAGCAAUAAGCCUUUUACAAGAUGGCAGUGCCAACUUAUCUGAGCCCUGGGAAGGGACAGAAUCAAAACCAUUUACUGUUGCAAUGUCCUUGUUCUUCUCAGUCUUCACAUAUGGUGGAUGGCAGAUUGUUACCAACCUUUUGGAAGAGGUCAAAGACCCCGGCAGAGAUUUGCCACGAGCUGUAUACUGGAGUCUGUCGAUUAUUAUUGUUGAAUUCACGAUGGCAAAUCUGGCUUAUUAUGUUGUCCUCAGUAAAUCUGAAAUCAUGCAGUCUACCACCGUAGCUUUGUUAUUUUUCGAGAGGUUCUAUCCCCCAUUAAAGCCUGUGAUCUCCAUUCUAGUUGCUCUGACAGCAAUUGGGGUACUCAACUGUUCAAUAUUGGGGCAUUCAAGAAUUCCGUUUGCUGCAUCACGGAACGGGCAGGCUCCAUUGCUGUUUUCAAUGAUUAGCACUAAGUUUAUGACCCCGUGGCCUGCUAUAUUUCUGCUUACAGUGUGGUCAAUUGCGAUGCUGUUGUCAGGUGCCUUGUUUACCAUGAUCGAACUCGUGAGCCUGUUCUCCAUUCUUUUGAGCUUGUCUGUUGUCGUUACUCUACUGUAUUUACGCUGGAAAGAACCAGAUAUGCCCCGCCCAUAUAAGUCCUCCUUCCGAACAAGUCUCAAGAGGACAGAUACAAUAUUGGCAAAUGCUUGA